CCCUCCCUCCCUCCCGUCACCGCCGUCGACCCCCACCGCCACCGCUGCCGCACCGCCGUCGCCCCUCAACACCACCGCCGUCGACCCCCACAGGGGACAGCCGCCGCACAGCCGUCGACCCCCGCCGCCAAGGCCACUGCACCGCCGUCGCCCCCCAACGCCGCCGCUCCAGCCCUCCCUCCCUCCCUCCCUCCCUUCCAACGUCACCACUCCCGCCCUCCCUCCCUUCCUCCGCCGUCUAUCCCGCCACCGCCGGUCGCUCAUACAGUCUUAUGCUCAAUAUAAAGGGACACCCUGGGAACAUGCUCCAAAUGGUUUUGUGAGAAUCAAGUUCCUUCCACUGCAGAAAUCAUUACUUUGAUUUUGCCUGAUUAUUUCGAGCUCAUCAAACUUUGAUUCUGUGGGGUUGUCCCUAACUAUAAGAUGCCAGUCAUAUUGUGUGAUUCCUUUGUAAUUCCAGCUUUUCAUAUUAGCCACUUUAAGGUAAAUGAUUUGAAGAUUAAAAGAAAUUCUCCUCCCAACCCAACCUACACUUCUGUUCAUUGCAAUGUACUACAAGGUUCCCCUUCUUUUAGCAAAAAUAUCCAUCUGAGAAAGAGAUCACCCUGUACCUUGAGGUUUGUACCUAGAGAAUCUAUUAACUCCAAUGGCAUAUUGUUUGAUGAGGAUACCUCAAUUAUAUAUGAUUGGAAAGAUCAACAAGAAAGAGAUAUUGAAAAUAUGGAAUCGCCAUGGGAAGGAGCUGUUGUUUAUCAGAGAAACCCUUCAAUCUCACAUGUUGAGUAUUGCACAACUUUAGAGAGACUUGGGUUGGGAAAACUUUCAACUGAGAUUUCAAGAUCUCGAGCUUCUGUCAUGGGAUUGCGAGUCACAAAAGCUGUGAAGGAUUUUCCACUUGGAACUCCUGUUCUAAUAUCUAUCGAUGUAACAAGGAAAAAGCAGAAACUGAGGCUUGAUGGGAUUUUACGGACGAUUAUCACCCUUGCUUGUAAUAGGUGUGGUGAGUCAACACCUGAGUGUGUAUUCUCAAAUUUCUCACUUUUACUAUCUGAAGAACCAAUUGAAGAGCCUGAGAUUAUAAAUAUGGCAAUGAUUUAUGGAGAAGACAAAUUCAGAACUUCAGGAAGUAUUGAUGAGGAAGAAGACAAUGAAGCAUCAAUUGAUUUGGAUGACCGGCUAUAUUUUCCUCCAGAUGAGAAAGCAAUCGAUAUUUCAAAACACAUAAGAGACAUGGUGCAUGUAGAGAUCACCCUUAAUGCUGUAUGUGAUCCCAAGUGCAAAGGUUUGUGUCUCAAAUGUGGUUCCAAUCUGAACACCACUGCUUGUGACUGUAGCAUGCAGAAGACAGAAAAGCGAGGCGAUGGUCCUCUUAGAGGUUUGAGAAAGCAAAUGCAGAAAAAUUGAUGCUAGAUUCAAAGUACCAGUGAAAGUGUCUCGUAUGCUAUGUGUACAUGCUUGCUUGUCUAGAUUGAUAUGCUUUCAGUCCCCUCCAUCAUGUUGCUCAACACUCCUUACACUACUGGAUCAGAUGACUAAUGAAAGUUGCAAUGGUUUUUCGCUGAUCAAUCACACCCAAAAUGGUGCUGACUUUUUUCCUUCAGUCGACUUAAUUGCACCGUUCCCCUGCCCCCUGGCUUGUGCAGGUACUGUACCUAAUGGUUGUCACACAUUGAUGGUUACUGGUAUGGCUGCCAUUCCAUAUAGAUGCCACAUGUUUUUUGAGACUAGAAAUGGAUCUGUUACAACCGAGCUCCCUUAUGUAAUUUUCUCAUUUGAUUUUGAUUGAUUCUAAGAAGUUAAUGAGAUAAGAGGGGUUUCUUCU